AAAAUAAAUGUAUAGUAUUUUGUUUAGUGACAAUUAAAAUAAAUUUUACAAUUAAGAGAAAUAUGUGAGUGAAGUUACAUACAGUGUUAAUUGGGUAUAUUCAUAAUAAAAGACUGUACAAGGCUUACUGUCAAUCAGUUUGAAAGUGGCCAUGGCAGUGACUGGACUAAGAACAAUUACUUGUUUUAUUUUUUACCUUAUAGUAGUAAUAAAUGCUCGUAAAUGUUAUACACAGUCACAAUAUACGGAUGAUUCUGAUUAUAAAGAUUUACAAUUUUACGAAAAUAUGCCAGUAAACUACAUUGAAAACUUUGAUAAAGAUCAUCUGGAUAUGGUUCAGGAUGAUUUUUACAUUUUAAGUAAUUUCGAAGAUGCAAACAUACAAAAUAGAGUUUACCCCCAUAAAAAUGAUCUUCAAAUUCCGUUUGAAAAUAAUGACGAUUCUCUCAAAAAAAGGUCAUCUGUUGCACAAUUAGAGUGGUAUAAACCCGACAAAGUAUACCGAUAUACGAAACAUCGAAUUCCUGGAUAUGAUUAUGAAGAACUUGAUUAUAUGAUCACUAAAAACUUUCAACAAUGUGACGAAAGGUCUGUUUGGACCCAUUGCCUCUGUCAGUUUACUUGUACCGAACCGGAUAUGGUAGACUGUUACACGCCAUGUAAUAGUGGAUGCGAAUGUAAAGAAGAAUAUGUAUUUGAUGAAAAAACGCAACAAUGUCUGCUGCCGGAACAGUGUUUUCCAAAGGAAGAUAAUUUUUACAUCACAUAACUUGUACAAGUUAAAAUACAAUGUUUUACUAUACUUUUAACAUACAACAGAAUACUGAAUUUAUAUUAAUUUGAAUAAAGUGACGGGAAGAUUUAUACAACUGAA